CUUCCCUCAUCUCCUCUCCUCCCCUCCUCUCCCCUCCACAUCCGCGACAUUUUGUCUCGUUCCUAAAGCAGUUUCCACUUUCCAGGGAUGCCGCAGUUGUCACGAAGAGGAGGCUGUUAUUGUAACGGUUGUAACCCCGAACCGAACCGAACGGACAUUGAUGAUUCAGAUGAAGAACCGGGGGAGAUCCUUCCCGAAGCACAAAAUACCCGUUAGAUCAUUAACGGAAUAAAUAAGGAGUUAAAAGGAUACGGAAUGUAAAAAUGCGACCGUUAUUGCCGUGAGACAGCUCUCCCAUGGUGCCGUCUCUGCAGCUCUCCCGCGGUGCCGUCUCUGCAGCUCUCCUGAGGUGCCGUCUCUGCAGCUCUCCCGCGGUGCCGUCUCUGCAGCUCUCCUGAGGUGCUGUCUCUGCAGCUCUCCUGCGGUGCUGUCUCUGCAGCUCUCCUGAGGUGCUGUCUCUGCAGCUCUCCCGUGGUGCCGUCUCUGCAGCUCUCCCGUGGUGCCGUCUCUGCAGCUCUCCCGUGGUGCCGUCUCUGCAGCUCUCCCGUGGUGCCGUCUCUGCAGCUCUCCCGUGGUGCCGUCUCCGCAGCUCUCCCGUGGUGCCGUCUCUGCAGCUCUCCUGCGGUGCUGUCUCCGGUAGCGGCAUGGUCUACUCCCAAUCAACAGACAGCAUCAAGCCCUCCCUCCUGUCUCUCCUCUCCCCCUCCUUUACCCUCCCCAUGACCUUUAACCUCUCAGACAGGAGCAACACCAGCUCAGCCACACCCUCUCUCUGUAACCACGAUGCCCUCUCUUCCUCUUCCUCCUCCUCCGGCCUCCAGAACACCACCCAGGUGUCGUAUGAACUCACCCCAGCGGAGGUGGCUGUUCUGGGGCUUGUGUUCAGUCUCCUGUGGCUGAUCUCCAUCCUGGGUAAUGUUCUAGUGUGUGUGGUGAUCCACCGUAGCAGAAGAAGUCAAUCCACUACUAACUAUUUUGUGGUGUCCAUGGCCUGCGCUGACCUGUUGUUGUCCCUGGGCUGCGCUCCCUUCGUACUCCUCCAGGUGACCUGCGGAAGCUGGCCUCUCAGCGCUGCCGCCUGUAAGGUUGUCCGUUACCUGCAGCACCUGUGUCCUGGUGUCCAGGUGUACGUUCUGCUGUCUAUCUGUGUGGACCGUUUCUACACCAUCGUGUACCCACUGAGCUUCAAGGUGUCCAGGGAGAAAGCGAAACGGAUGAUCUUGGCUUCCUGGUUGUUGGACGCCGCUUUCGUCUCUCCUUGCUUUUUCUUCUACGGCUCGGAGAGGCGGAGGCGAGGACGGGGCGUGCACUGUGACUUCUUCCUGCCGGCGGGAAGCUGGGACGGCGUGGCGUACGGAUCCGCCCACCUGCUCCUGGGUUUCUUGAUCCCAGCCGUCCUCAUCGUGUGGUUUUACCAGCGCGUCGUCCGUUACAUCUGGAGGAUCGGCGCAGACGGACACACGGUCCGGAGAACCAUGAACAUCGUCCCAAGGACUAAAGUGAAGACCAUCAAGAUGUUUCUCAUGUUGAACGUUGUGUUCCUCCUCACCUGGACUCCCUUCUACGUUGUCCAGCUGUGGCACCCUAGUGAGGCCCCGGGCCCCAGCAGACAAGGGGCUCUGGUCUUCUGCUGCGUGAUGUGGGUGGCGUUUAGCUCCGCCGCCUCCAAACCGUCGCUCUACUCCGUCUACAACGCUAACUUCAGACGCGGCACGAGGGAGACCUUCUGCACGUCCUCUAUGAAGUGUUACCGUAGCAACGCCUACACCAUCACCGCCAGCUCCCGCAUGGCCAAGAACAACUACGUGGGCGUGGUCGACGUCCCCGCGGCGACCAAGACGACACUCGCCAAAGACUCAGUCUACGACACGUUUGACCGCGAGGCCAAGGAGAAGAAGCUGGCCUGGCCAAUCAGUGCCAAUCCUCCCAACACCUUCGUCUGAUUGGAGGGAGACAGGGUUUAACUAUUGACGCUACAUUUCUGAGGAUGGCAUGCGUUGUUGAAACAGGACAAUAUCUGGGUUGCUAAAACACUAUAUUCAGAGGGUACUUUGGAACGAGAGAGAGAGAGAGAGAGAGAGAGAGAGAGAGAGAGAGAGAGAGAGAGAGAGAGAAGUUCACAUUGUAUUGAAUCAGACACUGGAUUCCACAUAUGUGGUUCUUAAUCCCGUCUGUCUGUCUGUUAACAUGUCUGUGGGUCUUAAUCCCGUCUGUCUGUCUGUUAGCAUGUCUGUGGUUCUGAAUCACCUG